CUGGUUCCUGUGUGUCACGUGACUGCUGACAGUUCAGAGGUCAGUCUGCUGACAGUCCGGGGGCAGAGUACUCAGGUAGAAUGGGUCGCUUAGAUGGAAAAGUAAUUUUGCUGUCAGCAGCAGCCCAGGGAAUUGGACAGGCCGCUGCCAUUGCAUUUGCUAAAGAAGGAGCAAAGGUUAUUGCAACGGACAUCAAUGAAGAGAAGUUGAAAGCUCUAGAAUCGUACAAAGGUAUUCAGACAAGAGUAUUAGAUGUCACUAAGAAGGAGCAGAUUGAACAGCUAUGCCAGGAGCUCGAUAGAAUUGAUGUUCUCUUUAAUGUGGCUGGGUUUGUUCACCAUGGAAGUAUUUUAGAUUGUGAGGAGAAGGACUGGGAUUUCACUAUGAAUCUCAAUGUACGAAGCAUGUAUCUCAUGAUCAAAACAUUCCUGCCAAAAAUGCUUGCUCAAAAAUCCGGAAAUAUUAUCAACAUGUCUUCUGUAGCCUCCAGUAUUAAAGGAGUAGUUAACAGAUGUGUAUAUAGCACUUCAAAGGCCGCAGUCAUUGGUCUGACAAAAUCUGUUGCUGCAGAUUUCAUUGAGCAAGGGAUUCGGUGUAACUGCAUAUGUCCAGGAACCGUGGAUACACCUUCUUUGAGAGAGAGGAUCCAAGCCAGACCAAACCCUGAACAGGCUUUAAAGGAUUUUCUUGCGAGACAAAAGACUGGAAGAAUGGCCACAGCAGAAGAAGUUGCCCAUCUGUGCGUAUACCUCGCUUCUGAUGAAUCCGCUUACGUUACUGGUAAUGCGCACAUCAUUGAUGGCGGCUGGAGUAUGUAAAUCGUGUCACAUGAAUUUGGCAACCGAUGAACCUCUUCACCAGAAAUCAGCAGAAAUAGAACAUCGUUUAAAUCUAAUGUAAAUGCACACAGAACAAUAUUUUUUUUUUAACCUGAAAAUGCUUAAACUUUCCUCAUAUCUGUACACAGGCUUAUAAAUAAUAGAUCUGGUAUCAAACCCAAAGACAAAAAGUGAUCUCAAUGUCCAUAACAACCAAUCACAGUUCAUGUCACUUUUUCUCUGAGAUAGUUUUGAUACAUGAACUCAAUAAGCAGAUUUAUGAAACUGUCUAAAAGAAAAAAACAGCACAGAUUUCAUUUUUCAACAGCAGAAUACAAAAUGAAAGCUGCUAAAAUGGGGCCGACAACCCUUGGCGUCUUGACCUAUGCCCCGAUCAUUAAAAAAAAAAAAAAACUCUUGCAUGUCCACUACCCCGUUCCUGGCUGCUUCCAGCCCCCACAGGACAAGGAAGUGACUUGGUCUCGUGACCACUGCAGCCAGGCAUAGGCUUCUGUGGCUUGAAUGGUACAACGCUGCUGUGUCAAAGCAAUCAAGUCACUGUGUCCACUGAGGCCUGUUACUGGCCUUAGCAGUUGUGGGACCAAGCAGUUUCCUGGUCCUGCGGGCACUGUAAGCAGCCAGUAAUGCAGCAAUGGUGACACUACUGGCAGGUGGGUGGGGAUUUUAUAUUUAAGGGCACAGGUUAGGACCCAGGGGUUGUCGGCUUCAAGGCUGGAAAUCCCUUUAAAGAAAUACAUAUCGGAAAUUAAUUGAGAUUUUAUUUUGUGUGUGUAUAAAAAGACCUAAAUCUUUGACUUUGCCUUUGUAAUUCACAGAAUGAUUAAUAGUACAAGUUCCUAUGGGUGAUUACAUUUCACUUCAGUUAAACAAAAGUAGACCAAUGACAAAGUCCUAUCGGUUUACACGACCAUGUCGUUUAGUUGGAAGAAUAAAAAUGAUGAUUUUCA